AUGGGGAACCAUGAUUCGAAGUGCACAUGCACCCAGUGCAGCGGAUCAGGCUCUGUGAAAGGGUCAGCUGGAGCAUCCGGUGCUGUUGCUGGAGCCGUGGUUGGUGGAAUGCUUCUGGGGCCUGUCGGAGCGGCAGUUGGGGGCUUGAUGGGUAGCAGCGCCCAAGUGGACAAGACAUGCGACCGUUGCGAUGGCAAAGGGACAAGGAGCACACGUGACUGGCACUCUUUCGGCGGAAAACAAAUGACGAUGUACCAUGGCACUUCAUCAAGCAAUGCAGCAUCGAUCUGUAAGCAGGGGUUCAAGCAGUCUAAGGACGGUAUGUUGGGAGCAGGCGUUUACCUCUCUGCAGACCGUGACAAAGCCCGUGGAUAUGGGGACACUGUUCUCGAAGUGGAUGUGCGGCUCGGCAAGACCAAGAAGAUCACCUCGCAAAGCGACCCGAUGAGAACUGCUUGGAGCAGCAGUGGCUACGAUUCGGCAUGGGUCCCAGAAGGUUCUGGGAUGGUAGCUUCGGGCCGCACGGAGACAUGCGUCUAUGAUCCAGACCGUAUCCAGGUGAAAGGACAGCAUGCGCACUCAGGGAGCAUCCAACGUAGCCCAGGCUUCCGCGGUCAUUGUUAA